GGUUUAAUAACCGGAUUUUAAAACAUUUUAGAAAAUAUGGUAUAAAAGGUGAGCUCCUAGAUGCAACUCAGAAAGGUGCCUAAACUAUCGGACGGACACAUAGUUCAUUCCAGAAACGUUCAAGUCAAGUAUUAACGAUUUGGGUUGCACUUUUGAAUAGUUGUCCAGCACCCCAAGACGACAGCCAUGAGUAUUAAAGUUCUGAUAUUGGUUCUGGUGUUGGUUGUUGCCAUAGCAACUGAGGUGAAGGGAUUGUGGCCGAGAAGACGUAUUGGAAAAAGUGUUGACCUUGAGGAGGAAAUCUAUCCAGAAGCUGCAAGCCUGCCAAGUGCCAACAAGUUCUACGACAAGUGGCAACAGCUGAGGGAUGCAACAAUAGAGUCGAUAGAGAAACGAAAAAAGAAGCUUAAAUUCCCCGGUGAUUGCAUGUCUUCAAAACUGCAAAACUUCGCCAAGCGAUGCGGUUUGUCCAUCGUUUCUGGGGGCAGUCACAUUUUGGUGUAUGAUGGAGGCCGUCUGAUAACCACUAUUCCACACAGUGUUAAAGAGAAUGGCACUUGCAGGAAUAUCAUAAACAUAUUGAAUGGCCGUUGCACUUAGCAAACUCGGUCACACUAUGCAUUUCAGUAAACCAGUUUUAAUAGGCAACUUGUACUAAGUGGUAAAUUUACUCAAGAGAAAGUGCGACCGGAAUAUUUUUUUCGGGUUUCUAAUGGUACAUGACAAAGUUAGAAAUUAGAAUCAGAAAUAUUUAACAUCUCAUAUCACAAACCCGAUAUUAGAAUAGUAAUCGGAUUUUACAAACGGCAAAGCUUGAUAUCUAAACCUAAGAUUCAUCUGCUCGUUUACUGUCAUUCUAGUGUAACCGUGAAUACUUGCCAGUGAGAUUAUUUUAUUUUAUUUUUUAUUUCUGUAAACAUACUUUUACUUUUUUUCUCUCUUUCAUCACUUCAUCUCCUUGAAUAGCUUUUAUAGACUCUCAACAAAAGUAACUCGAAUUCUUUUGUUUUCAAUUCGUAAUCUGUUCACGGUUAGAGUAGAACGGCAGUAAUUCCUGAUGAUAAUUAAUUUAUAAUUGCACGUUUAAUUAGGUAGCGGUCGUCACGUGACUUGUAAAUGUGAGUCUCCUAUCAUAAUUAUGAUAUUUCUUAACCUAGCAUAAGCAUAUUCCAAUAUAAUUCAUGCUAAAAGAAAACUAAUAAAAAAUGUUGGCAACUGAA